CGUCUGCGACUCUGCGUACAUAAAGAGGCCCGAGCGUUCCUCCAACAUUUCCUGUUUGUCAGAGUUGCUGAAGAAUCGCCAUUUUGUCUUUCCGAACGAGCAGCAAGAUACAGGAACUUGUAACCAUGAGCGGAUGUCGAGUGUUCAUCGGUCGCCUCAGCCCCCACGCCCGUGAAAGAGACGUGGAGAAGUUUUUCAAGGGGUACGGGAGGAUACGAGAGAUCAACCUAAAGAAUGGAUUUGGGUUUGUGGAAUUUGACGACCACAGGGAUGCAGAUGAUGCCGUUUACGAGCUGAACGGCAAAGAGCUGUGCAGCGAGAGGGUCACCAUCGAGCAUGCCCGUUCUCGCCGUGGAAGAGGAGGUGAAGGCGGAGGAGGAGGAGGAGGUGGAGGAGGACGAGGUGGUGGUCCAGGAAUGGGGGGUGGUGGUGGUGGUGGAGGACGAUUCUCCCCACGCUUUGGAGGCUAUCGCCAGUCUCGCAGUGGAGGUUCCAGGUAUGGUCCACCUGUUCGCACGGAGCACAGAGUCGUCGUGGAGAACCUCUCCUCUCGGAUCAGCUGGCAGGACCUGAAGGAUGUGAUGAGAAAGGUGGGGGAGGUGACAUUUGUGGACGCCCACAGGCCCAAACAGAACGAAGGUGUGGUUGAGUUUGCCUCUCACAGCGACAUGAAGAACGCCCUUGACAAGCUCAAUGGAACCGAACUGAACGGACGCAAGCUCAAGCUCUUCGAGGAUCGCAAGAGGAACCGUAGCAGGAGCAGCUCUCGCUCCCGUAGCUACUCCCGGUCCCGUUCCAGGUCCCGCUCUCGCUCCAAGUCCCAGAGCCGCAGCCGCAGCAGGAACCGUUCCAACCGCUCCCGCAGCCGUUCUCGUUCGGUUAGCCGCUCCCCAGACAAGAAGCCGUCCGUCAGCCGGAAUGACCCCCCACGCCCACGCUCAGUGUCCCGCCCACGCUCAGUGUCCCGCUCACGGUCCAGGUCCCGCUCUGUGUCUCCACCCCCCGUGCGCAAGCAGUCCCGCUCUCGCUCUCGCUCCAGAUCCCGCUCUCGCUCUGCCUCUGUGGAGAGCCAGCACUGAUGGAGCGAGAGGGUGUGUGUGCUAGUGUGGCAGAAGUGUAGGGGUGUGUGCGUGUUUCAGGGGGUGAGGAUGAACUGAAGACCUGAGACCGUGAUUUUGGCUCCUCCUGGUUUGUGGGGCGGGUCGGCUUGAGUAGAAUGUUGUGGGUGGUAACCCCUCCCCCCCAGUCCCUUCUUGUUUUCCUCUUGUCGCCCCGUAUGAGUGAGCCCUGGGGCUUCUGUAUCACUGUUGGACUGCAAGCUCCUGCCAUGUGAUUCUGUUUGGGUGAUGACCACCCAUAAAGAUUUUUUUUUUUUUCCCUCUCCCUUGCUGCGUUGAACAGAUUUGUCCUUGACAAACUAAGGAAAGUUUAAUUUCUUUGUGUUAAAACCCCCCCAGUCUUUCUUUAAGAUUUGUUGUCUUAGGUUGAUGUAUUUGUACCAUUCAGUGAGGGUGCAUGUGUGUGUCUGGCAUCAUGGCUGUGUCAUCCAGUACUGCUUCCUCAUCUCGUUCAGUGGCUCCUGGACUCGACUACCUGCAGUCUUUGUUCUUGCAGGCGUUGUAGGCAGUAUUAAGAUGUAUGCGUGCACACAAGCACUAUGGUAAGACUGUCCCACUUCUGCUUUUUUGUUUUUUUUAUAAACUUUUGUUUAGUCUUAAAGGUGGAGUUGAGAGAAACUUAAGUGAGGAUGCACUUAAUGAUUCUUUUUGUUUUACGGAAGAUGGACAAUGCUGAUUUUAGUUGUGUGCUGUGUAGGCAUGUGUGGUCCUCACAUAAGACUUGUUUCUGUGAAGUGACUCAUUGAUUGGCCAGCUUAAUUUUUAUUUUAUUUUAUUUUUGCCCUUUUUCUUUGUUAGUAUAGCAUAUUGAGUAUUUUAUUUGGAGUCCAGUUUUUUUUCUCGUAAUUUUUCUCUAUUAAACUCCCAUUAAAAUCUGGUAAGUCUCAAAUGAAACUGUUGAAUAUUUUGCCUACAGAGCGACUUUGUUAGCAUGAACAUGUCUUCAGCUCUCCAGUAAGCCAGAAAAGGGGUAUAUCCCCUAUCAGCGACGCAAAACGACCAGAGGAUUUUUUUGUUGUAGAGGAAACACCUCUAUGCUACUGAUAUAAUGUGUAAAUUCAGAAUCCUGCAUACAGCAUUCAUUCUACUACUGGUGGUACACCAGAAGAACACCUACUUCUAGUCGUAUCAGAGUGUUCUCUUACGUGCUGGCUACCCCAAGCUAGUGAACCCGACUCGCCGGUCUGAGGAUCUCACAUGCAGCUGUUUUAUCCAUAGAGUAACUGGAGUUGGUUUGAACACUCCUCAGGCUGUGCUAAUUUAACUGUUGACUGUGACCUGUGAUUUGUUACAAAAAAUAAAAUCUUUAAAAUCUAA